AUGGCAAAUAACAACGCAAUCUAUACUCAGGGCUGCAACUUUGGCAAUCUCCUGGAGAAAGGAGUCGACCCUCGUACGGGCCAAUAUAGCUGUGCAAUCAGUGUCUGGGAAGCCCCGGCUCAGGCCCGGAACUGCCCCCCUUUUAAACUGACAUUGACAUUUAAUUCACUGGACUCGUUCGACUUCGGGCUAGGCGAGGGAUGGUCAUUCAACUUUACUUACUACGAUCACCGGAAAAGGAGCCUUUAUCUCUCCACUGGAGAGCGAUUCCGCGUUACCGAGACAUCGACCAGUGUGUCGGUUCCCGACCAGAAGCUUAAGAGUUUCGUAUUUCGCAAGUUAGACUCGGGGUAUCAGCUAACCCAUAAAUCGGGGCAAACUGAAAUCUUGAACGACAAUAAUGGAACCUUUGACAAAUGCGUCCCGUAUGAGAUCUACGCUGCAAAUGGCUGUUUGCUGAAGCCUGUUUGGGGAAGACUGGGAGAGCACCCUCGACUUGUCAAAAUUCAGGAGAGCUCGCAGGACUUGCUCACAGUCGACUAUGAGUCAACAACUAGAAAGCUGGUCAGGUUUCCAGACACUCCGGAGGAAAGCACUUUUCAGAUUCGGCUACAGGCCAACUGUCUCGAGAGAUUGUCGCUGCCACUCACGGAUGCAUCAUGGAACUUUGACUAUCUCAAGCUGGGACAGAGCGUGUGUAUCACAAAGGUCACCAGUCCAACAGGCCUCGUGGAGGAGAUAACGCACAAGGCAGACGGCCACAAGCUACCUACUGGGGCACCCAUGUCAUAUGUUCCAUAUGUGACUAUGCAUAUCGAGAAGCCGGGCCAGUCUCAACCCGCCAUCACUACGCGGUAUGAGUUCUCUGCGAGAAACUUCCUCGGGUAUGACGGUGGCUUUCGGUGGAAAGACGGAGAAGACAAUCUAUACCGGUCACGCGAUGACUACCAGUACUCAUCUAGUGUCAUUGUUGAUGGCGGGUCCACAACCACGAAUACAUACAAUCGGUUUCAUCUGAUCGUCUCCUCAGAGCAGAAGAAAGGCUACACUACAGUGCUCGAAUCGAUCAAAUACUACGCUACCGAUCACGGAACGUUUGAAAGUCAGCCCCCACAAUGUCAUUUGCCCAAAAGCAUUGAAAAGAAGUUUGUGGAUAAGAGUAGUCAGACUCCUCGUUCUCGUUCCGAGACCACCCAGUUCGAGUACGACGAAUGGGGCAACCCGACAAAGGAAGUUCGACCUGACGGCGUAAAAGUCCUGCGCACCUACUACCCUGCUGAGGGGGAGGCAUCGAAUGAUUCAGCUGACCUAGGAUGCCCAGCCGAUCCGAAUGGUUUCAAGCGCUACAUGGCAACCGAAUCGAUAGUGCCUGCAGACAGCGAUUAUCCGGCACCCACUCGCACGGACAAAUAUUGCUAUGACCAGAUAGUGACUGCGGACGGUGCAAAGACCUCCUAUUUUGUAAGUGCUGUGCAGCACCUAAGUACGGACGGCAAUCAGAUUCUGUCUAGGACUGUCCUCGCAUAUCUGAAUGAACCUACCUCAGUCAAUCACGGUCGGCUCAAUCAACAGGUCACAUAUCAUUUGGAUGGCUUUCCCAUCACCAAGAAAUGGAAUUUUGAAAGCCAAGACACAAAUGAACUGGCGAUCAGAACAAGCAUUACGAACUUUGACGGCACCGGGGUUAAGGAGGAGACGGUCUAUUCCACGUUACACGGACUCACCCUGGCUCACAAAGAUGAGGCAGGCGUGGAGGAGCGUUUUGAGUACAACUUGCUCGGUCAAAUCGUCAAAGCAACCACAUCUCCUGGCACGUCGUACGAAACCUCGAGAUCCUAUGAGUACAUCCUUCUUCAGGACGCCAAAGGCACGCAGACGACGGUGACUGAUGCAAAAGGGGUGCAAACCCGGCAUAUAAGCGACGGACUAGAGAGGGCCUGCCUUGUCGAGAAACAAGAUUCUGAUGAGCUAGGGAGUGGUGCGGACUAUGCAUUCAGUGAUGGGUUCCGCACUGUCGAGAGACGCAACUAUAACGCCCAAGGCCAAUGCAUUGAGGUUGCAGAAAUUGAUUGGCUCAGAAGCGACAAUGGGGACCCCAUCCCCCAAGAGAGUAUCCAACAGCUGGAGUACGAUGAUUGGGGGCAGGUAUCCAAGACGACAGAAAGCAAUGGAGCGGUGAUGUUAUCACAAUCAGACCCAGUUGACCUCACCGAAACCAGGGGGAUCAAGGAUGAGGGAUCAACCAUAACAUAUCGCGACGUCUCCGGCAAUGAUAUUCAGAUACGUCUGUGUGAAUCAGACGGUUCGGUUUAUAGUGAGGUGAAGAAGCGUUAUGAUGGCUUAGGACGCCUUGUUGAAGAGGAAGAUCAGCUUGAGAGAGUCAUAAAAUAUGAAUCCGAUAGCUUUGACCGCAUCCUCACUACUACAUGGCCCGAUGGUCGAGUUUCGAGGACUACCUAUGCCAAUCAUAGCGAGGAUAGACUGCCAGCAAAGGUCAGUAUCAACAACGUCAGCCUUGCAGAACAGUCAUUCGACGGUUUGGGUCGCGUCACACUGCAGCACAUUGGCCCUCGUACGGUGACUCAGACUUACAAAGGCAAUGAACCAGAACCUGUGCAGGUUACAAAUGCACAAGGGGAUGAAUGCCAGAUCAAGUAUGAAUCUGCAUUGCAGUUUGUCCCCAGGAGUCUCAGUCGGCGCGAAAGCACCGACACAUAUGAGUACGAUCCUCAGUCCAUGGUGCCAACUUUACUCAAGGGGGCACAUAGUACACAAACCCGCGAAUACACUUCCUCGUCUCGAUUGAAGCACGAAACCAUUGAGUUAUCUGGUGCCGAGACAUUUUUCUCUGAAUACCAGUACUCAAUGUCAGGAAAGCUGCAACGCUACGUCAAUCCUCACAACCAAACGCAAAGUGUGAAGUAUGACGAUUCUGGCCGACCUGCAUGCUUGGAGCAGGGCAACAUAAAGGUUUCCUUUACCUAUGACAAAGCGAGUCGCCUCUCCAAGUACUCCGUUGAAGAGAACAGUAUUGUCUUUGAUUUUAGCUUGGCAUACGAUGAGUUCGGUCGUGAGAUAGACCGUGUAAUCCGACGGAAAGAAGAGAUAGUGUGCCGCUUGCAUCAGACGUACAGUCAGACAGGUCUCAUUGAGACGCGGCUGGUAAAGGGCAAUGAAGGUGUAUCUUUACAGGAAGAGAAUUUCAAGUAUGAUGACCGCAACCGUCUGGUCGAAUAUACAUGCGAGGGGACUCACCCACCCAUCGACGGCCGCGGAAAUCAGCUUCAAACACAGAUUUUCAGCUUUGACAACUACGACAACAUCGUCGGUAUGACGACAAGCUUUCAAGAUGGUGGUCACAAUGUCACUACUUAUACGUACAGCAAAGACGACCCGACGCAGCUGACUGAGAUAACCAAUACAAACAAUACGUACCCUUCGCAGAUUGACCUCGAAUAUGAUACGAACGGUUGUCUAACGAGGGAUGAACAAGGCCGCAGAUUAGAGUACGACAGUCUGUGCCGUCUUUCUACAGUGCGAGAUGAGAAAGAAAACAAAAUCUGCGAGUAUCACUACGAUGCAGCAGGGAAGUUGAUCUGCCAACUUGUGCCGGACGAGCCAAACAACUACCUUUUCUACCGAGGAGAUUCCCUCAUUGCCACAAGGGUUGGUGAACGUCGCAUCAGCUAUGUUUCCGACGGCAAGGCAUAUUGGGGGCAGAUCAUCCAAGACGGUGAGACCGAAAAACAACAGACCCAACUCUGGAUGGCGGACAGCCAUGAUUCUGUCCUGGGCUGGCUUGAUAGCCAUCAACCGGACACAAUUCACCAUCAGUCAUACACUCCGUACGGAUUGGGUGCGCAUUCUUCCAUAGGGUUCAAUGGGCAGUGGCGAGACCCAGUCACCGGAUGGUAUCACCUGGGAAAUGGGUACCGCAUCUACAAUCCCGUUUUGAUGCGCUUCCACACCCCGGAUCCGUGGAGUCCUUUUGUGUCAGGCGAGAUCAAUCCGUACACAUACAGCCUUGGUGACCCGAGUAAUCAUGUGGACCCAAGUGGCCAUUUUUCCCUGUUCGGGAUUCAUUUCGGCUGGAAAAAGCUCAUUGCUGCCAUCCUUGGCCUGGUGGCUAGUAUCGCCACCGGAAUCCUCACUGCCGGCGCAAGCUUGGCAGUUCAAGUUGGCGUGGGUGCUGUCGCUGGUGGUGUAGCCUCCGCUACAGGAGGUGCUCUUGGUGACCUUGCAGAAGGCCGCACGCCCACCUGGAGCAGCGUUGGCAAGGAUUUCCUCAUGGGAGCGGCGGGUGGUGCUGCCGGCCCUGCACUAGGAAGGCUCGGUGGCGCCGUUACAAGCCGAGUAGGAAAGUUCCUGGGGCAGUCACCGACUUCCUACACCGUCAGCAAGGCGAUUGCAGGUCAUGGGUUGCAGGAUAUCGUCAAACAAAGCGUCAAAGGGGCAGCGAAGGGCUUAGUUGGAGGACAAACCAUCUCGCUGGCAUGGGAGGCCUUUAAUGCCAAUGUCAUCUACAAAAGGCCUUCGCAGACUGCUUCCAAGUCGGGAUCAGGUGGUGAAUCCCAAGUCAGUCGACCUGAGCAGAUCAGGCUGCCUUAUGUUAAAGUGGGAUCUUCUCUUGGAAGAGACACCAUUCGGCCAUUGCUUAAGAAUGGCCAUAAUGCUCUAGCAGGGUAUAUGAUCCAGGCCAGCGCCUCAUCUAUGUCUUCCAGCUAUGCUGCAAAACCUACUUCUGGGCAGUCUGUUGCUGAGAUUCUGAACUUGAGCUUCAGAUGCUCUUUUGAUUUAUCGCGGAAGGAACGCGACAGUGAGGAUGAUUCCGCAUUGUACUCCUCUGUUAGAGGUGCCCUGCGGAGUCCGGCAGACUGGGAAUCUUAGGAGGUCUGGAGAGGAAGUUGAGAUAUGCUUGGAUAUCUUACUCCGUUUGAUUUGGUUUUGCUUUAUCGUUGGAUAUCUAGUAUGUUGAAUCAGAAUGUAAGCAGCGUUGGG